AUGGAUAACAUCCUCAUCUGGAAUGCCCGUGGAGUGGGAAACACUCUCACUUUCAGGGUGCUUUCGCGUUUAAUCAGAUCAUCUCGUCCUAGGUUCCUAGCCAUUCUUGAGCCCAUGAUUAGGGACUCGAGGAGGGCUGGUUUUGGUUUGAAGCUUGGCUUCCACUCCUCCCUCUCGAAUAUUGAGGAAGGAGGGAAGAUCUGGCUAUUCUAUAACACUGACCUAACAAUUCAGAUUUCUGUUCUCUCCUCCUCUAACCAGCUUCUGUCCAUUUUAGUGUGUUUGCAGAAUCCUCAGCUCUCUAUCUUGCUAUCCUUUGUAUAUACCAAAUGUAGUAGAGAUCAACGGAAGGCCUUAUGGGAUGAUAUAUCAGCUACCAACAGAGUUUUCCAUGGACCUUGGGCGAUCGGGGGCGACUUCAACUCAGUCAUUGAUUCAACUAAGAGACUGGGCUGCAGAUCCUUUGGCGCUGCAAGUGUUGCUGACUUUCGAGACGCCAUUGACUGUGCUGGGCUGAAUGAUGCUGGCUUUGAAGGGAAAAACUUCACUUGGAGCAACAACAGAAACAGGACAGCCAGAGUCUGGGCAAGACUCAACUGGGUACUCAUCAACGCUGACUGGCAGUACAAAUUUCCAACGUUCAAGGUUACUCACCUCCCCAGAGUGGCUUCUGACCAUGCUCCUCUUCUGCUGACGGCCCCUCCCCAACUAUUCUCAGGCCCGAAACUCUUUCAUUUUCAAAGAAUGUGGUCCCUCCACGAUGAUUUUCUGCAGGUCAAGCAAGUGGCCACCAAAGUAAAUGAGCUGGAAAAUCAGAUGCAACAUACCCACGGCCAGGAGGACAUUGCUGAGCUUAAUGAAGCUAAGAAGGAGCUAGCUAGAGCGGAACUGCUAGAGGAAGUUUUUUGGAAACAGAAGUCUAGAAAUCGUUGUUUGCUUGAGGGAGAUCGUAAUACGAAGUUUUUUCACAGCAUUGCAAAUGCCAGAGUAAGAAAAGCAGGGAUCUCCACAAUAAAAACCGAUCAAGGCAUCUCUCUUUUCGAUCCGGAUUUCAUAAAGGCUAAAGCUUUCAGGUUCUUCCAAGAGGUGUUCUCGUCUACAACAGGCUGGCCCAUUCUAGCAAACGACCUUCUUAAGACAGCAACGUCUAUGUUGGCAGGAUCUCCGUUGCCCAGGGCCUUCAAAUCCACACUCAUCUGCCUCAUCCCCAAAACAGAGGCUGCAAACAAAUUCUCUGACUUUCACCCCAUAGCCCUCUGUAACUGCAUCAACAAAAUUUUCAUUAAGAUCAUUGCAACUCGAUUGAAUAAGAUGCUGCCCAAGAUCAUCUCGCAGGAACAAGGGGCAUUUGUUAAGGGCCGUGCUAUCGCUGAAAACAUCACGUUGACUCAAGAAAUGAUAAGAGAGAUUAACAGGAAAGUCCAAGGCGGGAAUGUUUUGCUAAAGUUAGACAUGGAAAAGGCGUACGACUGGGUGGAAUGGGAUUUCCCGAUGAAGAUCCUUUUCUCCUUUAGCUUCUCUGCCUCCUUGUCAACUUUACUGGAAUCAUGCUGGAAAUCGAACUGGUUUUCUAUUCUCAUUAACGGUGUGGCCGUGGGUUACUUUCAAUCCACAAGGGGCAUUCGUCAAGGUGACCUUAUCUCCCCAGCCCUUUUCACCAUCGCUUCUGAAGCUCUCAGUAGAGGGUUCAGGUGGUUGGUUGAUAGUAGGCUCUGCCUCCCUUUCGCUCUCCAUCAGGGCAGUCCGUUGAUCACAUACCAGUUAUUUGCAGAUGAUACGGUUCUUUUCCUCAAUGGAUCCAAAUCAUCGUUUCAAGUAGUCUCCUCCAUUUUGCAGAAAUUCCAAGAUGCUUUAGGGCAAAAGUUUAAUUUCAGGAAAAGUUUCUUCCUUUGCUCCAACAGGCUGCCCCCCACCAGAAUCAAAGCAAUCGAGGACAUUCUGAGUAUCAAAAGAGUCCUGUUUACCUUGGGGUUCCGAUGCUGCAGAAGAGAGCCAAAAAAUCUGACUACCAAUUCUUAA